AUGAGUUUUAGCAAACCUAAGGAAGACCUCCUCGAGAACUACAUUUCCUCUUGUAGUCCUCAAAGAAAUAUUGCCUCGAUAGAUACUAACAAUGAAAGUAGCACAUAUUUCAAAACCGAGGAGAGGUUUUCCUAUCAUGGGAACUAUCAGAACUUCACUACAGAACUUAAUGAAGUGGUUCCUCAUGAUGAACUUAGCAUGUCUUUUAAUAAUUUUGAACUUCCAAUGUUCUCAUUUCCACCAAACCAAAAAUAUCCAUUUAAUUUUGAGGAAGAUAGAGAAAUAUUAAUGAACCAAGGUUCUUCUUUUUAUAAGUUCAAUGCUAAUGAAGCAAAGAAAUCAAACUUAACCUAUGCAGAUGCUUCAAAUGAAUCCUUUGAGGAAACUGAAUCUCAUAAAACUUGCUCUAAGAGUCAAAAUAUCUCUGAAAUCACAGAUAAGCCAAUUGAGAGCAAGCCAAACGACAAUCUUGAGGAAUUACUAAAUGGACUUACCAGCGUACCCCACUACAAAGAUCACAGAUUCUCUACCAGAAGAGAUGUUAUUAACAAGACCAUUUUCAGAAUUAUGAAAAGAUUCUUCGUUAUGAAAUUCAAGGAAGCAUUCCCAAAGAUGAAACUUAAAUCUACUUCCCUCAAAGAAUUCACGGAUGCUAGCGAUAGCUUUCUUUCUUCAGUAGAAGAGCUAGCUCCGAUUAGGAGUCAAUUGAAAUACUUUAUCGUUCAGAUGCUAUCCACUAAACUUGCUUCGAACUUUGAAGUAAGUGAGGAACUGAAAGAGAGUCUGAAGCUGCUCGAUACCUGCCUUUACUCUUACUCUGAUAAAGCAUUGAGAAAAAUCUUUAGUGAUUCUCUAUCAACAUCUUUGUUCAACUACUUCUUCAAAUACGGUCAGAAGUUUUACAAGGACCAGAAGAACGUCAAGAAGAACGAGGUUGAAUAUGUAAAGAUGUUGAAUAAUCUUCACAUGAGCUUUAACAGCUCAAUAUCCAUAUAAUUGGAUCUAUUCCAUAACUAUGGAAUGUUCUCCCAACUGGGAGAGAUGUUUACAAAACAUUUAUGUCCACUAAAUUACAUAUCGAUAAUACAACAUGUUCAAUGAUC